GUGAGUGAGUGAGUGAGUGUGUGUGUGUCUGUGUGUGUGUGUCUCUGUGUGUGUUUGUGUCUCUCACUGAAACUUAAACAUAGCUUUAUUUCCCGCGCUGGCGCCUCCUUCCUCUGACGUCACUUCCUGUGAUGAAGAUGGCCACAGAUCGAGGAAACAGUCGUUGUGUGAAUUAACGGAAACUUUGGAGGCGGCGGCUGGAGCUCAGUGUCCGGGUGAGAGCGACGCUUCCCCCGGGAGAGAAGCCCCGUGUCCCCGCUGUCUGCACCAGUGGGCCGUGAAGUGGGUUCUCUCAUCAUUAUGGUUCCACCAUGAACGAGCAGCCUCUGGAUCUCUGGUUCUGCGAGGAGUGUCAGGACCACUUCCUGGACGAGUGUCCGUCACACGGGCCCCCUCUGUUUGUCCCUGACACGCCCGCCAUCCCGGGGUUGGCCAACAGGGCGGCUCUCACGGUCCCAGGAGGUCUGGAGGUCUUCUCAGAGGGAAGUCAGGUGGAUGUUCGCUGUGCGGACGCAACCAUCCCCAAGGGGGCGGUGUUCGGUCCGUAUGAGGGGGAGCUGGUGUCUAAAGACAAAUCAUCCGGCCUCUUCUCCUGGAUAGUUGUUGAUGUAGACAACACGUAUCAGUCCAUCGAUGGCAGUGAUGACACCAAAGCAAACUGGAUGAGGUUUGUCCGGACCUCGUCUGAGGAGAGCGACAGGAACCUGACGGCGUUCCAACACUGUAAAAGCAUCUACUUCAGAGUGUGUCGGAGGCUGGUGGCAGGAGACAAGCUGAGGGUUUGGUACAGCGACGAUUACGUCCAGCGGCUUCACUGUGUUUUGCAGGGGAGCAUCAACUGCAACCUGGACUCAGAAACCAGGAAGCCAGAGGUCCUGCCCAAUGUGCAGAGAGACCACCUGCAGUCAGCUGUGCAGGGCAAAGCCUGCCCCAGUAAACAACCCAGUGACGAGUCCGACACUCAGCCUCCUGCCAAGAGGAAGAAGAUAGACCUCAUCUUCAAAGAUGUCCUCGAAGCUUCUCUAGUGGAGCCCAGCGAGUUCAGGUCCCAGUCGUCCCUUCACAGUGAGUGCAAAGUGCCAGCGCUCUGGUUGGGCUUGAACUCGACUGAAAGCGGCUCCAACGUCCUGAACCUGAAGGCAGAGGAGAAGGAGGAGGGGAACCAGGAGGCCUCCACCUCCUUCUGCCCCAACUGUGUCAAGCUGAAGAGGAGGAUCCUGGAGCUGGAGGAGGAGCUUUCCCGUGUCAGAGGAGAACAGGCGGGCGUGGUCGGUCCGUCGAUGUCCGAGCAGACCCAUCGCGAUCAGGUCCCCCCCCACCCUGAGCAAGGACCCAUCGAAGACUUUCAAGGGAUGAACCCCUUGACCCCCACCCAGGUGGUUCUGGACGAAGACGACCAGGACGUGGACUCGGCUGAUGAGUCGAUUGCUGCAGAUCUUGUGAUUUUUACAGAGGACUCUUCGAAGCUUUCCUCUGGAGGAGGCCGACGGAUUCGUCGUUUCAAGCAGGAGUGGCUAAAAAAGUUCUGGUUCCUUCGCUACUCACCGACCCUGAAUGAGAUGUGGUGCCACGUCUGCCGCCAGUACACCGUCCAGUCAUCCCGAACAUCCGCCUUCAUCAUUGGCUCGAAGCAGUUCAAAAUCCACACAAUCAAGCUCCACAGCCAGAGCAACCUUCACAAGAAGUGUCUGCAGCUGUACAAGCUGCGCAUGCACCCAGAGAAGACAGAGGAGAUGUGCAAGAACAUGCUGCUGCUGUUCAACGCAGCGUACCACUUGGCCCUGGAGGGACGGCCCUUCUCAGACCUCCGUCCACUGGCAGAGCUGCUGAAGAAAUGUGAGCUCAAAGUGGUGGAUCAGUACAUGAAUGAAGGAGACUGUCAGAUGCUGAUCCACCACAUCUCCCGGGCUUUAAAAGAAGACCUGGCUGAGAAGAUGCGCCUGUCUCCCUUUCUCAGCAUCAUAAUGGAUGCCCAGAAUGACGACCUCUUCUCAGACAUGGUGGCGGUCUAUGUGCAGUUCAUAACCAAUGAGGGCUCACCCAACACUGAGUUCCUGUCCUUGCAGAGACUGAGCGUGGCCAGUGUGGACGGAUAUCUCCAGGCCAUAGAACGAGCCUUUGGCGUUCUGGGACUCAGGUUUCAGGACUCGAUGGUUGUGGGUCUGGGGGUGGAUGGUACUAACAUCUCUUCAGGAAUGAGAGCCAAUUUGUACAUAGCUGUGCAAAAGUCUUUUCCCUGGAUCCUCUGUCUUCCCAUCAUGAUCCAUCGGCCUCAUCUUGAGGUGCUGGAUGCUAUCAGUGGGAAGGAGCUCUCCUGUCUUGAGGACCUGGAAAACAACCUUAAGCAACUCCUCAGUUUCUACCGCUACUCCCCUCGUAUGAUGGCCGAGCUACGGUCAACUGCUCCGACACUGUCAGAGGAGACGGAGUUCCUUGGAGACAUCAGAGCCAUUCGAUGGAUCAUUGGAGAACCAAAUGUCCUUAAUGCACUCAUCAAAGACUACUUGGAGGUAGUUGCCCAUCUGAAGGAGAUCAGCAGCCAGACCCAGAGAGCUGAUGCUGCAGCCAUCGCUCUCACUCUCCUCCAGUUCCUCAUGGACUAUCAAUCAGUAAAGCUCAUCUACUUCCUCCUGGACAUCAUAGGGGUUCUUUCACGGUUAGCCUUCACCUUCCAGGGAGAGUACCUGCUGGUGUCACAGGUGGAAGCCAAAGUCGAGGAGGCCAUUCAGGAGAUAGGCCAGUUGGUGGACUGCCCUGGAGAGUAUCUACAGGAGUUCGAGGAAAACUUCCGUGAAAGUUUCAACGGCGUUGCUCUGAAGAAUCUGCGUGUUGCUGAGUCCAAGUUUCAGUCGAUCCGAGAAAAGAUUUGCAACAAGAGCCAAGGCAUCCUCUCCCAGAGGCUGGAUCUGCAAAGCCGCUCAUUUGCCAAAGCCUGCAAGGUCCUGGACCUGUCCACAUGGCCUCACAACCGGGAGGACCUUCAAGCCUACGGGCAGGAGGAAAUCCAGCUGAUAUUCAAACAUCUGGAGUCCAUUCCUUCUGUAGGUCAAGAGAGCUCCCAGGCCAGGACAGAGUUCAGAGGCUGCCUGGUGGUGGAAUGGAAGGAUCUGAAAGCAGACUACUACAGCAUGAAUGGCUUCAAAGAAGUCAUCAGUCACAUCUGCAGGUACAAGCAGCGUUUUCCUCUGCUGAACCGGAUUGUGCAGGUUGUCAGGGUGCUGCCAAGUUCCACGGCCUGCUGCGAUAAAGGACGAGGUUCUCUACAGAAGAUGUGCAAGAACAACCGUUCCCGGCUGACCCUGGAGCAGAUGAACGACCUUCUGACCGUGGCAGUUAACGGACCGUCCAUCACCAGCUUCGACGGGAAGCGAGCGUUGGACAGCUGGUUCGAGGAGAAGUCUGGCAACAGUUACUCUCUGUCAACCGAGGUGUUGAACAGGAUGUCAACUGCUGAUCAGAAGUCUGUUUUGCAUAGUGUUGACGUCAACACAGAGUUUUACCCAGACAUCUAACAGGCACUCCCAGGGGUGUUAGCUAAGUUAAUGGGAAGCUGAUCUUUAGUAUAGUUUUGGAAAUCAUCAGACGAGGAAUUAGCCGCUGGGUAGAUAUGAGACUUUGUCUUCCGUUCUCUGUUCUGUCUUUUAUCACGAGUCGAACGUUUAUCCAUAUAAAACGCAAGAUGUUUUGAUAUUUUGGCUAAUCUCGAUCAAUAGCUAUAUAAAGUAGAUGAAUUAAAAAGUCAAUAGUCGAUAUAUUUCAGACUAUGUGUUCCAGCUCAAACCUGAUUGGUCGAACUAGAAACAGAAACCAGAAGCUUCCAGCGCCAAGUUCUGGUCCCUGGACACAGAUUCUGCUUCACCUGUAGAGAAAAAAGAAAGAACCGCACCGUGGUUGUACACCUCCGCCAAACUGCACAGAUUCAGUCGACAUACAUUUUUCCCCAGAUUAUUAUAAGGUCACUGCGACCUUUGACCUCUGAAAUUGAAUCAGUUGAUCUUUGAGUUCAAGUGACAACUGGUCAAAAUUAGAAGAAAUCUAUUUGAUGGAGUUCUUGAAAUAUCAUGUUCACAAGAAUGGGACGGACGAUAACCUGAAAACGUAAAGCUUUCGGCCACUGGGUGUCGCCGGUGAGGAGAAGUGUUCCUUCACCGAUGAGUCCGACCCACACGAGUUAAAUACUGGAGUCAGUUUCACAUGAGGAACAAUCAAACGAGUGUUGGGAUGAGAACAGGCUUUAUAUUUCAAUUAGAAACACACAGCCUGCUUCACACUGUACAAACUGUGUAAACUGUAUAUGCUUUUCAACUGGUUUUUAAAGAGACUAUUUUUCUCUUGAAUUGAGGAUUGUGACAUUUUGACUGAAUGCAAGAACUGAAGCAAAAGGUGCUCACCUGCUCGGCCAUAAUAUUUGUUUAGCACUGCGGCACAUGUUUGAACUAGGUUCUUUUUCACUGAUGCAUCUUCUUUGUUUGACCAAAGCUCGGUUUCCAAACGUUUCAUAAAACUGCAUGAAGAUGUUCAAGUGUUGCUUUUAGCACUUAAGUUGUAUAUGUAGGUAUUAUUAAAGCUAUUGUUGGUAAUUUUUUUCCUUUCCCGUUGCCAGUAGAGGAAUUUGCCUUCCUGUUUUUUCCCGUCAUAUUGACAUCAUGAACCAAAACUGGGGCGCUCGGUCACCUCACUGUCGCACCCUGGUGUCCUGUUUCCAUCACUGACUGACAACUACUCAAGAUGACUUCUCUGUGACUCGCUAACGUCUCACUCUGGUCUCAGAGGUGAUUUCUCCAUCUGAAGACUCGUGCAGUGAGAGGACAGACAGGGUGAACGCAGACAGACGGUUAGUGACAGACAAUCCUUACUUUGAUUGGUCAUGUUUGUUUUGUCUUGUGAGACACCGACUUUUUCCGGGGUUUUUUCAGACGACUUUAUUUAUUGAAUCUAUCAGGACAUGACGAGGAUUUCAACAAAUUGUAUAAAGUAUUUCAGAAACAAAUGAACACCCGACCUUAUGUCGGCAUCGGUGGUCAAUAAUCCUUAAGGGGUUCUAAUUAGAGGCAGUCGAUCGUUACUGAGCAGUAAUAACAAGUGUAUUUUUCCAACUGUUGAAGUUGUCAUGACGACGUGACGCUCUGAGCUGUUGAAUCCUUUCAUGUGACUGAAAGAUAAAAGCUGUGUGUCUAUGAUUUUAUGGAUAUUUUGUGCAUGUGUGUGUUGUUUGCACGUGGUUGCUAAUGUUGGGAUGAGCUGUGUGAGAUGUGACGUCAGAGCAGCAUCGAGCUCAGUCGCUCUAAUCACUGUUGUGCUCUUAUUCUGAAUUUCUCUUCACGAUACCGUGGCUGAUUGUAAUCUGACUCCAGAGCUGCUUUCAGUUUGGUUUAUGCUGAACUUCUUAUCGCGGAUGAACCAAAAACAAACUUAUUUCUCUGCUCAUUGUUUUUUUCUAUUCUGCUUCUGAUGCAUAUUACAGAUUAAAAUACAUUUUAUCUGAG